CAAGUCGGCAAAAUUUUCCCAAAAAAUCAUCCCAAACUUCCAUUAUAAUCACAAAAACUACAAAAUAAAAAAUAAAUAAAUGAUAUUUCUAUUAAAUUAUUAAUAAUUUUUACAACUCAAAAAUGGAUAUAAAAGACAUUAUAGGUGAUAUUAAUAUUACAACAUGUAAUGAUGUAGAUAAUGCAAUUCGAUUAAUCACCGAAAAAGAGUCCGAAAUCAAUGCCAAUUUGGAAGCAGUUCUCUCCAAACAAUGUAUAAUCGAAUCCAAAAUGAGUGGCAUUGGUCGAGCAAUGUCCAGUUUAUCAAUGAUUGCCAGUGAUUCAAAAAAACUCGACGAUCAAAUAACACAUACUGCUCAAUUGGCCGAAUCGGUCAGUGCCAAAGUGAGAAGAUUAGAUCUGGCACGCAGUCGUGCCUCAGAGUGUCAACAAAGAGUUCACGACUUGAUUGACUUGCAAUUAUGCUCACAAGGUGUAAUAGCUGCAAUUAAGGAAGAAGAUUUCGAAAAAUGUGCUGGACACAUUGGAAGAUUCUUGUCGAUGGAUCAGAAUCUGUUGCAAAGAACCGCUGACGAUGUUCAGGGAUCAGUAACAUCAGUCAGUGAUGCGGUAAAAACUCUUGAGGGUGCAACUGAAAAUGUAAGAGAGUUAAUUUUUAAGAAAUUCGAUGAGGCUGUUAAGAGAGACGAUCUAGCUUCGAUUGAGAGAUUCUUUAAGAUAUUCCCCUUGGUUGGAAGGCACUCUGAUGGUAUAACCAAAUUCUCAAAUUAUAUUUGCUCGAAAUUGGCUGCCAAAUCGCAGAAAGAAUUGCGGAAUUCUCUUGAUAUCGCAAAGGCAGAAAAACGAUUACACGUAGCCUUUGCUGAUACCUUAACAACUCUAAUGGAGAACUUUGCUCGAGUUGUAGAAGUUAAUCAGCCCAUAAUUGAUGCUUGUUAUGGGCCGGGUUAUCUUAUGCAAAUGGUUGAAAUUCUUCAGCGAGAAUGUGACUCGGAAGUUAAGAAUCUUGUGAUGGAAUUUAAUAAAAAUCGACAAAUCUCACGAAAAAUUAGUCAAAUCAAUGAGAGUCAGCGUUCGACAGGAGGUGGUAAUUCUCAGACGGUUGGACAUUAUAGGAAACCAUCUGGAAGCGGAUCUAUAGAUAAAUUGAAUCCGAAAGAUAUUGAUGCAAUUAUUGUGGAAAUUACAGUGAUGCAUUCGAGGGCUGAAUUGUAUUUUAGAUUUAUGAAAAGACGUAUCUUGGCUGACAUCGAAGCAAGUUCAACGGAAAAAGAAGACAUCAACAAAAAAAUUGACAAACUCGAACAAAUGAUGAAAAAAUCCGAUCUAAGUAGACAAAUGCAGGAACUCCUUGGGACUUAUCUUCUAUUUGAAAAAUAUUUCAUGGAGGAGUCUGUACUUAAAGCAAUCGCAUUGGAUUCAUUUGAAAUAGGACAACAAUGCUCCUCUAUGGUUGAUGAUGUGUUCUUUAUCAUUCGAAAAUCAAUUCGUCGUUCAUUGACCACACAAUCUAUAAAUGGCACAUGUGCUGUAAUCAAUAAUGCAGCAGCUUGUCUUGAUGGAGAUUUUGUGAAUGCUCUCAAAGGACCUUUAAAAAGUGGCUAUCCUUCGGGAUAUAUUGAUUUAGCGCAAGCUUAUAAUGCCAUUCAAACAUCUCUGCAACAGGGCAAAUUACAAUCUACAGAUUCAGAAAAGGCCAGAAUGAAUUUCUUGAUUCAGCUUAAUAAUGCUGAUAUAUCUACGGAGUAUAUUGAAACUUUGUGGAAGGCUAUGGAACAGGAAAUCAAUGGUGCAUUCCCAGCAAUGACAACUAUUGAACGGCAAAUAAUCGAUAGUUGUAUAUCUGAGCUGAAAACCGUUAGAGACUCGUUAAAGGCUGUUGUAGAUUUCGGAUUGCAACAGUUGCGAUCAAGUGCAAUUAAACCUCGUUUGAAUCCUUGGGUGGAUCAGUUUCUUAGCUACAAUCAUCAUUUGUCAGAGGAGGAACUAGCAUCGUAUGAAGCUGGAGAAACAUUUGUACAGUUUCUAAUUGUACAAAUUGAUGGGCUAUUGAAUUCCUUUAAAAAUCUCCUUAGCGCGAGGAAUUAUGACGCUUUGGUUAGUAUUUUAGCAAGUGAAGUCACCGUCCGAUUAGAGAGGGCAAUCAAAAAAUCUACUUUCAAUAGGCUUGGUGGUUUAGUUCUUGAUCAGGAAGUACGAGCAUUGGGUUCGUACCUCACUGGAGCCACAUCGUGGUCGGUGAGAGAUAAAAUGACACGACUUUCACAAAUUGCCACAAUUUUGAAUUUGGAGAAAAUUUCCGAGUUGACAGACUAUUGGAGCCCAGAUAAUAGUGGUGAUAUGACUUCAUGGCGAAUAACACCGAAUGAAGUUAGGACGAUUUUGACAUUAAGGACGGACUUCCGUAUGGAGGAUAUAAAGAGAAUUCAAAUCUAAGCUCAAACAUCGCUUCGAUUUUUAUUAAGUUUAAAUUUAUAUGAAGAAAGAAGAUAAACAUUUAUUAUUAUAUUGUAUUAAAAAUUA